GAGCAUUAACUGUAGAGUGUUCUGGUGGUGACAGGGCUGUCAGGGUCAGAUGGCUGCUCAGCCUGAUUAGACCAGCUCACAGCAGAUCCUCAGCCCAGCACAUUGCACUGCUACGGCAAGGUAGCGCUACAAACUGCCACAUACUGUACGUCGCAGUGAGAGGCAAGGAGGGACAAGGGCGAGGCGGAUAGUUUAGUGUGACAGUGGGGCAGAGCCACAGGUUGUUGCAGCUUAGCGGCCAGAUAUUUCAGCUUCUAGCAGCAGAAAAAGGCUUAAAGCAGGUGGACUUCCCUGUGGCAAAGAGGCAGAAGAACUGAUGUUUAGUCUUUCUUUGGAGAUGACACUGAUGAUCUAAGCGGGAAACAGCCAGGCAGCCAGACAACCAACUGUGGACGCACCUGUUUUUACAAACCAAACUGCGCUCUAAGAACCGCUGGUUGAUGGAGUUUGUGCGGCGGAGUGGUGACUACUGCCACGCCCAACACAUUUAGACCCUAUGUGGGAUGAAGCUGCAAGAUGCUGUCCUGGGGCCCUGAACCCUGACAGACCAUUGGACAUUGCCCUUUGAACCAGCCAGCUCAUGGGGUAACAGGUGGAGUCUCCCACACCGGAAGCUAACUGGAGAGAGAGAAGGAAAAAGAGAGCUACUGAGAAAGAGACAAAGAGAGAUAGAGAAGAGGACUGGACAAUCGGAGAGAUAAAAACAAAGAGAGGGACACAAAGAGAACUGACACAUUGUGGCCUCUUUGACUAUAGGAUACAAUCAACUGAUGGCGUAAAAGAGUCAGGGCAGCAGUACCUCAGAAUUGGGAAAAUAACUUAAACGACUAUAAACAGGAAGUUCCACAACAGACAGGAAGUCCAGGAUCACCUGGAGACCUGAUACAAGUCGAAGACAAAGCAGCUAACUGCUACAGCUGGAACUAAAGGUCAGAGGUCGUCCAGGGAGGUCAAAGGUCACACUGGUCACCAUGAACCGCCCAGCUCCAGUGGAACUGUGCCACAAGAACAUGAGAUUCCUUAUCACACACAACCCCACAGACAACACACUCAGCUCCUUUAUAGAGGACCUCAAGCGGUAUGGGGCCACCACUGUGGUAAGAGUCUGUGACAUCACUUAUGACAAAACACCGCUUGAGAAAGAGGGCAUUACUGUGGUGGAUUGGCCCUUUGAUGAUGGAGCCCCACCUCCGAGCAAGCUCGUUGAUGAUUGGUUGGGUCUGCUGAAGAAGAAGUUUCAGGAGGAUCCAGGAUGCUGCAUUGCUGUCCACUGUGUGGCCGGACUGGGACGGGCUCCUGUGCUGGUUGCUCUGGCUCUGAUAGAGAGUGGGAUGAAAUAUGAAGAUGCUAUUCAAUUCAUCAGGCAGAAGCGUCGCGGAGCUAUCAACAGCAAACAGCUAACCUACCUGGAGAAAUAUCGAUCCAAGCAGAGACUUCGCUUCAAAGACUCACACACACACAAGAACAAGUGUUGCAGCAUGUGAACACUCUCACACACACACACACACACACACACACACACACACACACACACACACACACACACACACACACACACACACACACACACUCAGACCCCUCAACAAAUACCCUCAGGAAUCCAACCAUAAAAGUCUUGUCUCACCUGCAUCAUUAGCCUGGUUAACCUGGGAAUUUGUGAAUGUUUUUACAGUAAUUUCAUCAGAAUCCAUCUUUUUUUCUCUUGUUUGUAAUGAUUGCUUGUCUUUUAAAGUUUAUUUUAUUGGCAUGUUUGCUUCAUUAUGUAGUUUACAGGGAAGAAAGAUGGGAAAAUCACAUAAAAAUUAUGUUUUGUAGCUAAUUGCUGAAACAUAUCUGCUUUGUUAGAAAGUUCUAGAAAAGACACAAAGUUAAGUCAGGGAUAAUGUGUUGAGACUUAUGUAUCACAUUCAAAUUUUCAACAAUUCAAAUCCAUGGAAUGCGCCCACGGGACACCUGAACAGAUUUGGUGCAGGGCUGAUUUAUUAUGUAUACCAGAUGUGUUGACCUUCAGAACGUUAAAUCAUCCCUGAUAAUUUGUGAAAAUACCAUUGACUUUUCAUGAUCUUGUACAGAUGUUCAACAUGUUUAAACUUAAACACAACGGAUGUGUAAUUACAUGCACUGUUUCUGUAAGUGUAUCUUUGAGAUUGUUUUUUGUUAUAAAAAAACCUUUGGAUACGCUUUUUAAACAAUUUUGGGAUACUAAAACUUAAAACACUGAAAAACAAGAAUAAAAUCAUCUUAGCAGCUCAGUGUUUUUUUUUCUGUAAAUUAGUGUUAAUACUCUAGGUAGACCCUCUCUUACAAUAUUCCUGUUGGUUUCUGUUCUCAGUGUAACUGGAUAUACAGAAUAAGGGCUCAUUUUCAUCCCACCAUUUUCUUCCAUUCAUCUACAAUCAGUAUGAAAAUCAACUUCUAUAAUGCUACAGUAGAUGAAUUAUUUUGGCAAAAAUAAAGCUUUUAUUUGGCUUUGUCACAGAAACUGUUUUAAUAUUACAUCAUACACUGUGCUCAAGUAAUGUGUUUACAUAUCUCUGUGUGCAUUAUGUUACGCUCUGUUUACUGACACCCACAGAAGGCAACUUAUUGGUUAGCAGCAGCUGAUUGCAAGCAAGGUUUACAUAGUACAUAUGUUUUAUAUAAUAGGAAAUGUUAAUAAAUCUAUUGUAAUCCUACAUUGCAUAAAUUCAAAAAUGAUGUAGACUAGAUGUAAAUAAUAUUAAAUGAGGGAUCUCUAAUUAUUACUUUCACGCAGGGUGAACCACUCCUCCCAUUCAGUGACUACAAAAAUUUGCAAAGAACAUUAAAUCAUUGCUGCUAUUACAAACAUUUUUUAUAAUCAUGUGAUCAGGAAGGAAUGUCUAUUAUUUCAGCAGUUGAUGACACUGAUUAGUCAAGCUCUCAGUUUCAAUCCCAGGCCAAUUUUGUCCUGAUAUGUGUGUGGAUAAAUUGCAAUAUUGGUCUAAUCUUAUCAUAAAUGUUGCUGUACAUCAUCAGAACUGUUGGUUACUUUUUUACAGUAUCUGGCACACAUUUUCUUGUGAGGUGGAGUUUAUUUGUUCAUUUUAUUCAUUUGCAUUGUUUCUGAAUCAUGCAUGUAACUUCGGACACUUCUUUCAUUUGUCAUUCAAAACUGAUUCAUGUUUUUUGGUGACGAUAGAGCAUGCACUUUUUAUCUAUUAGUAACUUGCAUAUAAAAGACUCCUUACCAUCUGUAUUAUGAAAAACAUCUUCAUCCUGAACAAUUUGUGAGAAAGGAAUGAGAGCAGAGGAUGUAAUUUGAAGCAAAGCAGCAGUAGAGAAUUAUCUUUACCUGAAAGCUCAGCUUUUUUUUUUUUUUAACAAAUUGGCUACAGUUUUAUCCACUUGUUCAUAUGAUGCGUGUGUGUGUGUG